AUGAAUUUCAAAAGAGAUAGAAAUGAAUACGAGAAACCAGAUAUAAAAAGAACAGAAGAAUCUAAUGCAUAUCCUAAUCAAAUGAAGAUUGAUGGUGACGAUCAACAUCAAAAUGAUAAAGAAGAUAAUAGUAAUAAUGAUAAUAUAAUAACAAGAACACCAUUAAAGAGUAAAAAGAAAGAUAAUAUCGAUGAUGAUGAUGAUCACAAUCUUCUUGUUGUUGAUCAAACAAUAAUACUAACCAUUCGUCCAUUUGACGUCAAUUUAGAAAAUACAAUGACAUUAAUGUAUAAAUCAUCACUAAAAGCAUUUUCAAACAAGAAUAUAAGUAAUCAUCAAUCAGAUGAUAGAAGUAAUCCAAAUAACAUUCCAAAAGAUCAUUAUGAAAAUGCCAGAACCAAUCAAUGUAAUAUUUGCAGUCAUCGAGAUUUAGUGGUUGGAUGUUCGUCGUGUACGCAUGACCAUUGUAUAGAAUGUGCUCAUCAAUGUGAUGAUUGUAGGGAUGUAUUUUGUUCGCUUUGUUGUGUUACAAAGUAUGAUAAAAUUGAUAAUAUAGAUUAUUGUAUAGAUUGUCAUUUUAAAAGAAAACAACAAUCAAAAGAGAAUAAUAAAUAG